GAGAAGGCCAGCCGCUUUUAUGUCUUUAACCACAUCACCAGUCACAUUUUUUUAAGUCCUUGUCAGAAAAUGUAUUGGCUCAUAUUGUUGGAAAAUGUGAAACACGUAAUUCCAUAUGUUAACUAUCUUCAAACCUCAUUUUAAAAACUUUGAGUAGACCUAAUAAUACACAACAAGAGGCAGGACCAGUGACUCGCUGUGAUAUGUGUACACUAGCGUUUAGCAUUAGCACUACCUAUGUGUAUCCAUCCAUCCAUUAUCUUUAAACGCUUAUCCUGUUCAGGCUCGCGUUGGGGCUCGAGCCGAUUCCAGCUGACAUUGGGCGAAGGCAGGCUUCACCGUGAACAGGUCACCAGACUAUCGCAGGGCUGACAGAUAGAGACAGACAACCAUUCACGCUCACUUCACACCUAUACUGGCAAUUUAUAAUCCAGCUAUGUGUGUGCUGGAUUUCAUUUAUAUUUAAUUUGUAUUAGUCUUUUUUUAGAGUGUACUCCAUUCAGUGAGAACAAAAUGUGACACAGUAACAGCAUCAAAGGCAAAUAGGCAAAGAAUGUAACAACCAACCAUAUAAUCAAUCCGUCAAUCAGUUAAUUGUUUACAGUGUUCAUUUUCUCAUGCCUAUUGCACAGCGAUAAUUAUCGCACUAAUCCUGAGUUCCCUGCGGUGAGACAGUGUCUGAAAACCUGAUAGUCUAGGGGAAGUAGUGGUGGAAAGAACCUUUUAAGAAGGAAACUGUCACGGUGACGUGUUCAGGUCGUUUACACUCAGCCCUCCUCGUGUAAGAGGACAGGUAUUCCCCUAGAUGGACAGCCCGUCAUUCGAUCCCCCUGAGGAUCAUCAGGCGGACAGAGACAGUUAGUGCUGUUAGUGGACACAUGAACUCCACAGAGACAAGAGGUCGAGGGCGGCUUUGGUUGGAUUUCCUCAAGGGUGAGACCUUCAAUGUGGAGUUUCUGAAAGCUUUAGCCAGUCAAAAUGAGUGGCAUCAGUGUACAUAUACACAGUGGUAUACAGUAUAGUGAUAUAUAGUAUGUACAUACAUAUUAAAAACAGAAUCACAUCACUGGAUUGCAUAUAUAAAAGAACAUGACAUAUAGUUUCAAAUACAAAUGAUUCAAUAUCAGCAUUAAAAACAGUAUGUGCUUCUCUGAGAAGGACACACCUCUUCCCUCUAGAGUAGCUCUUGUAUGAUCUCGGGUCCUGUGAGGUCUGGAUCACUUUGGAUCUCAUUUACACUCAAAGCGGAUCAUGUCCAGAACGGGAGCUUUUCGGGACACAAACCAUCGCUCCCUGCUGAGGGAGCUGCGGACCGAUAUCGCUAUGGCUGUAGAUGACCCUUUCCCUCUCGUUUACGGUUUGGUGGACAAAACCAUCAUCACUGACCAACUAUUGAAGGACACCCUAGAGAAGGAAGGCAAAGAAGGGAUCCACAAGGCCAUGUACUCCCUCCUGUCCUGGGUCCUGGAGCAGAGCAGAUCCACCAUCCAGGCUUUCUGGAGCAACUUGUCCAAAGACUACAACCUGGACAGCUACCCCAAGCUGCAGACGCUGCUCACUAACCUGCACUCGAGACGGGACGCUGCAGGUUCCAGAGCAGAGAAGAGAUCCUCUGGAGGCCAUAAAACUCCUCACAUCAAGAAGAGGAGCCACGGGGAGAGAGAGACAAACUCACACAAUCUGCCUCCACAGUAUCACGCCAAGACAAGUGAUGGACCAGGGGGCAAAGUGAGGCUGUACAGAGUGAAGAAUGAAGCUGCAGCCCCACAGCUAACAUCUGGAAACAGUGUUCAGGCGGUGUCGUCUUCAGUCCAGAGACCAGUCAUGCUGUCUUCCUCCUUAACUGAGCCGCCAGUCAACCAUGAAUCCACAGAGAAGAUCCACAUCAAACAGAUGUUGGGCUCAGAUGGAAGUGACAGAAAAGCUGAUGGGGAGUUUUACUCCUGCGGUCAGACGGAGGAGAUAAAUGGACCAUCCGAGUCCAAAGUGGUUCAUAACGUGUUUCACCACAAGGGGGAGACAACCACGGGCAUGGUAGAGGAUCCACUCAGCGUCCACUCUUUCACACUCUGUCACUCAGUCUUUCCUUUCGAAGGUGUGUACAUUUACGUUAGUAUGUUCUGUAUUUCUGAGAGUGUAGGUUAAUAUAAUGAUGAUGAGUGUGCAGUGUGUAAGGACGGAGGGGAGCUGAUUUGUUGCGAUGGCUGUCCUCGAGCUUUUCAUCUGACCUGCCUGGACCCUCCACUCACAUCUAUACCAAGUGGCACUUGGCGAUGUGAAUGGUGCUUUGGAAACAUAGUGAAAAGAGAGAAUGCCCAAAUACCUUUACAGCCACUCAAUGCCCAGCAAACAAGUGCGAGCUCAAGCAACUCCAUCGUAGACCUCGCCUUCUUCUCCCCGCUCUCAUCCUCCUCGCCUCUCACUAGUGCCACAGCUUCUAUGAAUGAGCUCAGAAACCAGUGCUCUGGCGGAGAGCUGCUCAGUGUGAGGGAGGUGUGUGGUGUUUGCCACAUAGAAGGAGGAGACCUGACUCACUGCCUCCAGUGUUUGCAGCCCUUCCACAUUCACUGCAACUUCCUCAAAGGGAGAUCCAUCUGCUCGUCCUGCUCCCGGCCCUGGGGAGGCUCUGAUGAGAAGGAGGCCGAAUCAUCCAGAGGCUUACAGCUCGUUCAUGAUCAGUUCUCCUCCGUCCCUGAGCCCGUCCUCCACAAAGAGGAACUGGACUCCCUCCUGGGAGAUGGCUCCAUUGACGGCAUCUUGCAGUGGGCUUUCCACAACAUCUCUCGGCCUCUUCCAGACUCUCAAGGAUGCUACAAGUGACAGACAGACGAUCUGUACUCAAGUAUGACCUCUCACAGUUUGAACUUAUGCUGUAUCAAGUAUAAAUGAUGACGUGAACACAGCUAAUUAAAAGGAGAUUACUGGAUAUAGUAAAUAUCAUUUUCUUGUUUCCUGCCUUAAAUGAAGUAAAAGUCUGGUUGUGGUUUAUUUUAGAUAUAACAUGAUUUUAUUUCUUUCUUUAUAUUUAAAGUGAAAAUUUUGCAUCUUUUCAAACUGCGGAUUUUAAAAUGUGCUGAGAUGAAUACGAUAAAGAUAAUGGACUAAAAUACACAAUUGUGGCACAUAAAGCUAUGGUUGGAUUGGUUUGAAUUGAAAUCUGUGGAUUUUUUAAAAAUAAUAUCCAAACUCAUCCACAGAUGAGUGAAAUGUUUCUACCACGGUCAGUGUCUUUGCGGAUUUUCUAGCAGCAACACACUAGGUACAGAAGGAGUCCACAUACUUAAGUCAUCUUUUCAAUUAAAAAAAACUAUGUUUUUGACAUAAACCAAGGGGCGUCGGACCGUAACGACCAAAUGAACCUGUUACAGGUCCUCUACAAGACAUUGCUGGAUAUAUUAAUAUUGAUUGUGCACAACCUCCGUUUCUAAAAAGUGAAGCCAAUGCAGAAGUGUCUUAAACUUGCAUUCUCUCUACUGGCCAUCAUGGUGCAACUCAUCUGGUUGCGAAAAUAACUCUAUGUGUCUACUUCUCACUUGAUUUAUUAUCUCACUAAAUAUUAUGACCAUAAGUUUAUGAUCUGAAUCGCUAGUUUCAAGUCUUUUUCAAUUCAUUCAGCAUGAUGCUUAUUUAGUAAAUUGUGAUUGACAGGCCGGUACCAUGGUGUUGCUGCAAUGCUUGUACCAAAGGACAUUGUGAAUGUGUAGCAACUUUAGGUUUUUUUCCCCAUCCUUGUCUCCCCAUCCUAUUUUAAAAGGUGUCUAAAUGUCCUACCCCUUUGUGAAGCAUCACAGCAUGACUAAUUGUGUAGGAGAUGGGGUCAGCACUGAUGUCUGCAGUGGACCUGGGACAUCUCUUUUUAACUUUUACUAACUUGACCUAACAAACUGAGAUACAUCCACUUUUUUUAAAAUUGUCAUUAUCCCACUGCUGUCUCCCUGGAAACCAAAUGAUGCAUUCAUGUACUUUUCACAUGCAUUAGUUGUUUUUGUGUGAGUGAAUGUGUUUAUAUCUCGUAGAAGGCAGUGUUGGAGGAGAUGGUAUACUCACUGGUUAACAGUUUGAGAUCAGGACCCAGGCUGUAACACCCUGUCAGAGAACAUCAGUGUCUCAUCACGGCAAAUAAAAGAGACAAUGCAAACUUCCACAUGUGCACAAAGGCACAUGAAGGGUCCCUCUGACUGCGUGGAUCUGUAGAAGAAUUUGCAUUCACACGUUACACCAGAUGGUUUCAAUAUGAUGAGGUAUGCACGCUGAGAAAUGCCUCUGUUUAACAGGAAUUCCUUGAAGACUAUCACUUAGAUGUGGAAUGUUGUUUUUGUCAUGGGAUUCAAGAGUUUUUGCAUGACUGCCAGAGGGAUGGAGCUCGGCCAGGCAGAUUUUUCUCCCCUCGGUAUUUGGUUGCCAUGGCUCUCAGCUCCUGCAGGCCCAAAACAGAGGAUGAGAAACAUGUUCCAGUGUGUGUGUGUGUGUGUGUGUGUGUGUGUGUGCGUGUGUUUCUGUGCAAGUGUGUUUCUGUUUGUUUAUGAAUCCACUUUCUAAAUGGUUCAUGAAACAUCCUGCAUACUUGAGGGCUCUGUGUCCUCACAGGGAAGGCCACAGCACUCACAGAGAGACUCUUCUUUGUAUUAUUUGCAAAGACACGAGGGAGAUGCAAUGAGAAAAAUAAAGCCGACAUAAUUUGGUGUCAAAGUGUGUGUAAUUAUCAGGAAGUUAGCACUACACACAGAUUUGUGUCCAAAUUGCAGUCAUGAUGUAUUUUCUCAUUCUGGCUGAGGGGGUAUAUAUUUUACAUAAACAUCUGAAUUCCUUUACUGUGAAGGUUUUAAUCAUGACUCCUGCUUAACUAUCACACAGCUUUCUUGUUCUAGUUGCAUACCACAUGAGAGAACACAUGGAAAAACUUCUCUUUUCAGAAGGAAAUAGAGGCAAACAUCUUCUCACCACUAGGUGGCAUCCAUCUGUGAUGGAUGUAGUGAAACACUCAUUUAUUCUGCACUUUAUUUCACUCAGCUCAAGCAACCAUCACAAUGUGAUAGGAGAAAGUAUUUCCUCUUGCAAAACAAUGGAUGGUUUGUAGAGAAGUAGGAGUUACCCAUAUUUUACCAGAACAAAAAUAAUUUGUCACAACUGUUUCCAAAAUAAAUAAACACGUUUUAAUGAAGGUUAUCUUUACAGAGCAGUCCUGGGAAGUAAUAACAUUUACUCAAUUACUUUAAUCAAUUUAGAAAUACUCGUCCUCUACUGUACUCGAUCAUUUACAGUGUAGGCUACUUUAUGAUUCUACGUUGUUACAUCCAAGUGGGAAAUACUGUAUUUUAAGACUUACAAUGCUGCAAACACAUCAAUGUAUUAGCAAUACCAAUGAAGUAACACUCUGAAAUGGGCCAUUCUGCUGUCUCAGCAGAAGAACUUUUACUUUUAACUGAUCAUGAAUGCAGGACUUUUACUUGCAGUCAAAUAUUUCUCCAUUCUUGUAUUACCAAUUUAAGUCAAAGAUCUUCACACGGACUAUAAAUGCCAUAUGACUCCUUUUCUGUGAACUGCUGCUUUCCGUCGAUCUUUUCGAGUUUCCUGGCAUUUAGAGGUCUGAGUGCAAACAAUCUUGUGUGUAAUCACAAAGACAUUUGGUAUAACUAUAAAGUUUGCUUUAGGCCUGAUUCUUGCUCAUCGUCUCCGUUGCAGCGUAUCUUCUAUCUCAUCUGAAAUAUCUCAUUUCCCGCCGCACUGCAUUCCUAUAUGAUGUCUAAUGAGGCAGACACGUCACAGACUUUAUCAAGAGUAUUAGUAAUGUCUUGUGUAAGGCAUCAGCCAUCUUGUACACCCUCUCGCCUGUUGCUCUUUUAAAGAAAUAGGUUGACAUUUUGGUAAAAUGACGGCUUCUCGCCUUCUUUCCAAGAGUUAGAAGAACAUGUAGCUAACUGCUAAUAGCUGUUAGUUAGCAGUUAGCUGUCAGCGGUUAGCUUAUCUUAGCAUAAAGAGUGGAAAUGGGGAAACAGCAACAGUUAGCCUGGCUCUGUCCAAUGGUAACAAAACCCGCCUAGAAACUGGUCCAAGAAUACCCCCCCCCGUAAA